CCCAAUGGAAGAUGGAUUUAAGUAUGGUUGCAGAUCUAACUCUUGCCAACAAGCCUGAAAGUGAUGCAGCUUCUUCAAAUGAGAAACAUGCAGUAUCAAAGAACCAGGAGCCUAACGACCUCUUUGUAGUUCUACAACGUGAUUCUAGAUUAGAUUCUACUGAGGGCUCUCGAACAAUGGACUAUGAAAUUGACUUUUCCUUACCAAAAACUGAUAUAAGAUCUUCCUUUGACCAUUCUCAUGACAAGUUGAAUGAAAAACUUCCUGCUAGUCUUGAGAAAACCAGUGUGACCAAAAGCAAAACUUCUGGAACAAGAAGUUCAGAAAAGGAUGAGAAGUCAAAAGCCUUGCGCAGUUCCGCUAGAAAAGGCAAGCCUGAAAUCCUUUUUAGGGCCAGAAAACCAUUUCUCCCUAGUAGGCCUAUUGUUCAGAAGAGGAAAAGGGAACAUGUAUGGUGAUUGUUCAAUUAUUCAGUAGCAUAGUUAUAUUUUAAAGAUGCUUCGUGCAUAUACUUCUUUUCAAAUAGCAGGUAUUUAUCCUAACAGUUAAUAUGAUGGUCAAGAAGAAGAUGAGAUUAGGAAGAGGAUGGAAGAAUUACGGAAUGAACGUCCGAGGAGAAUUGCUUAAAAAGCUGCAUCCUCUGGUCU